AUGACCCUCCUUCCCAAACUGCGUCACGGCGCCAAGGUGCUCAUCCUCGACUCGUCCUUUAAUCCACCGACACUUGCCCACCUCGCUCUCGCCCGUUGCGGCAAUGACUACGACGCCCGUAUCCUCAUGCUCUCCACCACCAAUGCGGACAAGAAGAUUGCGCCUGGGGACGCCAGUCUUGCACAGCGUCAAAGCAUGAUGGGGCGCCUGGGGUUCCAUAUUGCGGUCAUCGAUGAGGCGACAUUUGUAGGCAAGGCACGGAGGCUACAUGCAGAGAUGCCGAGCGGGACGUGGGAUUUCGUGAUGGGGUGGGACACGGUGGAGAGGGUGUUUGCAGAGAGGUACUAUACGGGGAAGGAUAUGAUUGCUGAACUGAAAGGAUUCUUCUUCGAGAGUCGUGCGAGGAUCGUGUAUGCGCCGAGGGCGGGAGCUGGUGGGAUUGACGUCUGGAGGGCGGUGGAAGGGGUCGGGGCGAGAGAAAAGAUGGUGCAGGCGGCCAUCUUGGACGAGUUUGUGGCGUACAGUUCGACUGGGGUGAGGAAUGCUAUAAAGUCUGGUGAUGUGACAUGGCGGGACAAGGUGCCGGCAGUUAUUGCAGAGUAUAUAGACAAGGAGGUACUCUUUGGGGGGAUCGAAAUACCUCUCCAGUGUCUGCGGGUUAUUCACGUGACUAAUGACUACCCAGAAGGGCCGAGUAAACACUAUGCGCCCGCCAGCGACUUUUAUGCGCUGCUCCCUCCGCAACGCAAGGAUGCUCUCACAAAGGCUACACGCGAUCUCAUGGCUCUAGAGCCCCCUCCUUCCCCUUCAAAUCAUUCACUCAACCAGCCUCCUCAACCACCACCACCAAAACGAUUUAGACCUACCCCACCCCCCCUUGUAGCUGCAAAAUCAACCCUCCUUAGCCCAUCCCAGAAAAAGGCAAACCAUAUCCAGAGCGAGCAAAAGCGGCGGGCCAACAUUCGCCGUGGCUACGAGGCACUCUGCCAAACCGUCCCUGCUCUGCGCGAGGCCAUCAGACAAGAGCAGGCCACCAUGUCAAACGACUCCAGAGGUGAGGUGAAGCGUCGACGUCGGGGCAGACAGGGGGGGAGCGGUGGGGAAGUGAGCGCCGACGGACGAGCAGGUCCUCGGAGUGAGAACGUCGUUUUAUGCAAGACCAUCGAGUACAUCCAUGCCCUCGCCGCUGAGCGUGAGGCCCUUCUUGCUCGCCUUCAUUAUGCCAAUUCUCGCCUCCCGACGCCGUUACCACCGCCGCCCAAUGCGCUUUGGGAACGGACAUGGACAGAUGGCGAUUCCCGAGAUGACGACGAGUCUGAUGAGUAUGCAUAUGGCCCUUUGUCCUCGUCUCCCUGCUGA